AUGUGUGACCUCGACUUCGAUGAUGAAGAAUUUGUUGAACCGGAGGGCGAGGAGAAGCACCUGAAGGGAGCGCUAAUCGCACUGUUGGUUAUCGGCAUCAUAUGCUCACUCAUCAUACUUUCCAUCAAUUUGAAAGCAUUGAGAUUCUUAUGGAUCGAGUCAGUGAAGAGGUGUCUUAACACAUAUCAUCGCCACGAAUUCAUAUAUAAACACCAAAACGAAUCGUUAGUCUUAUUUGACGCCAACACUAAUAACAUCACAUCGAUUCUCGUCCACAGCUAUAUUACUAGACAAUUUGAUACUCAAAGGAAUAUAAUUCAUUUGCAACAACUCAUUGAAGACCAAAAUAAGAUAUCAAUACAAUGGGCCGAAUGGUCACCCGUUGGCAACGCUUUGAGUAUAUCACCGAAAGAGUCGAUGAUGUGGUGGUCGAGAGACGGGACCAGCAUUUUAUACACAACGAUCGACAACUCCGGUGUCGGCGACAACACUAUUGUCUUCUACGGGAGUCUACACAACGAAAGUGACAGCAAUUCACUGAAAUAUCAAAUAAUACCACCGAAAGGCUUAUUAAACAAAGACUUUUAUGUGACUUUUGUUAAUUGGAUUAAUGAGGAGAGAGUGACAGUUGUGUGGACUCCGAGAAACCAAAACAAUUCAAUCGUCAGUACGUGUGAUAAGAGCGAUGACUGGAUGUGUAAAGAG